AGUGGCUGAAAUUUCUUCCCAGUGAAAUACAGUCCGGAGAAAGAAAAAAGAACCCCCGAAGUCCCCAACUCCAAUCGAAUUAGCAUCACCCGCCAUGGAAACCCUCUCAAGCUCCAUCUCCACCUUCAAAGCUCCGUUCGUCCAUCCUCCAUCUCGCGAAGCCUUUCCCUUCAGAACUCUCACCGCAGCCCUCCACCCGCUCCAUCCUCACCUCGCCGCCAAACCCAAUUCUUCCCGCCCGGCCUCCAAAUCCCGAACCGCUUCCCCAACCUUCUCCCUCCGCACGCCCAAACCUCCCGCUACCCCCGCCGCCCCGGCUCCGGAAACCCACCGGAGUCCAGCGAGCGGCUACGCGGCGGCGCUUGUCGACAUAGCUCGCUGCAGAGGCGCCCUCGACAGAGUCCGGCGGGACGUCCGGAGGCUCUCCAGGCUGCUGAAGCCCGACCCGAUCCGGAAUUUCCUGGCCGACCCGAUGAUGGGCGGCGAAGAGAAGGCGGAAUUGGUCAAGGAGCUGGGGAAGAGAGGGGGAACCGGCGAGCUUCUGAUGGGUCUUGUGAAGGUGUUGGCUGGGAGAAACAGGGUUGGAGUUUUGGCUGAGGUGCUGAUGGAGUUCGAGAGGAUUUGUGACGAGAUGUUGGGGACGCAGCUGGUGCUGGUCCCGUCGGCGAAGAAGAUGGAAGGAAGCGAUCUGAUUCGAAUUGCUCGGAGCGUGCACAGAAUCAGCGGCGCCGCGACCGUGAAAGUGAGGAACUUGGUCGACGAGGAAGGAAUUCCGGCCGUCCUCAGCUCUUUAAUGUCACAAGUUCCGCCGCCGAUCUCAGUGUAAACUCCCUCACGGGAGUCGUCGUUUCCGUUUUGGUUCAUUUGACUGGUGUUGUAGUUCAUAAUUUACCAAGAUACGUUUGCCGGCGCUAUGCCGCCGAUCUAUCAUCACAAGUUUCCGGCUAUUCGUGUGGUUGAACCACGGCAAGGAAUGGAAAUCAAUUUGGCCAAAGCAAUCAAAUAUGUAUCACGGGGUUGAGCUAAGAAAGGGCUUGUAACUUUGGGGUUAAAAAAAAAAAAAAAUGAGGGAAAAAAACUUAGGAGGUGCAGUGCCGAGAAGAUUUGAAGCAUUGGGAGGCCGUGGUACCACUCCCAAGUUGAGGAGGACAGUAGCGUCAUCUGGUCAUUAGGGUUCUUAGAAUUCGUUGGUGGAUUUGUGCCUUUUCUAAUCGAGGAGCUUGAAAUUAAUGGGGAGCGGAAGCAAGAGAGAUAGGGAUUCCCGAAGAUCAACUUCGAACCGAGGCAAGGGCAGAGAAUCGGACGACUCCGAGUCGCAAUCUUCUUCCGGCGAGUCGGCGAGUCGCGACUCCUCUCCUCGGGGUAGGAGCUCCCGGAGUCGCCGCCAAGAGCGUAGCACCCAUGGCCGGAGCAGAAGCCGUCGUGGGAGUACUCGCAAGGACCGCAGCUCUAGUGACUCCGACAGCGAUAGCGACGAUCAUAGAGGCAAGAGGAAGAAAUCGUCGAGAAAAGUUUCUGAACAAGAAAUUGCCGAGUACUUGGCGAAGAAAGCUCAGAGGAAGGCUAUGAAAGUUGCCAAGAAAAUGAAGGCGCAGUCCGUCUCUGGCUAUUCGAAUGACUCCAAUCCUUUCGGUGAUUCGAAUUUGAAUGAAAAAUUUGUAUGGAGGAAGAAGAUUGAGCGUGAUGUUGGCCAAGGCGUGCCAUUAGAUGAUUUUUCGAUGAAAGCAGAGAAAAAGAGGCAAAAGGAAAGAAUGGCGGAGAUAGAGAAAGUGAAAAAGAGAAGGGAGGAGAGGGCACUCGAGAAAGCACAACACGAGGAAGAAAUGGCAUUGUUGGCAAGAGAACGUGCAAGGGCUGAAUUCCAAGACUGGGAGAAAAAGGAGGAUGAGUUCCAUUUUGAGCAAAGCAAAGUCAGGUCUGAGAUCAGGGUUCGUGAAGGGCGAGUUAAACCAAUUGAUGUUUUGGCAAAGCACUUGAAUGUCUCAGAUGAUCUGGACAUCGAAAUAAAUGAACCAUAUAUGGUUUUUAAGGGUUUGACAGUUAAAGAAAUGGAGGAACUUCAUGAUGACAUCAAGAUGCACUUGGAUAUGGAACGAACAACACAAACACAAGUGGAUUAUUGGGAGGCCCUCUUGGUGGUUUGUAACUGGGAACUAGCUGAAGCUAGGAAAAAAGAUGCUCUUGAUCGAGCUAGAGUACGUGGUGAAGAACCUCCCGCAGAGUUGCUUGCAGAAGAAAGAGGUAUGCAUCGUGGCAUUGAAUCAGAUGUGAGAGAUCUUUUGGAAGGUAAGACCUCCAGCGAGCUGGAUGCAGCCAAAUCCAAGAUCGAGCUGUUGUUGAGUUCUGGAGAAGCAAGGGUCGUCGAGUAUUGGCAGGCUGUCCUGAAGCGACUCCAGAUUUACAAGGCAAAGGCCAUUCUGAAGGAGAUCCAUGCUAAGAUGUUGCGAACCCAUUUGAACCGUCUUGAACCAACUUCAGAAAUUGACUACAAGUCAGAAAGCGACCAUGAUUUAAGGCCGAUUAAGGAGGAAAGUGAGCCUGAGGAGAAAGUUGACUAUCUUGUAGAAGAUCUUGAGCCCUUUCCCCAGGAGCCUGUGGAGGAAACUCAAGAGCCAGAAGAGGAAGAGGCUGGAUCAUUCUCUCCAGAGCUCUUACAUGGCAAUGAUGAUGAUGAUGAAGCAGUGGACCCUGAAGAGGACAAGGCUAUAUUGGAAAAGAAGCGGAUGGCUGUGCUGGAGGAGCAGCAGAGACGGAUCCAAGAAGCGAUGAAAUCAUCGAAACCGCCUCUGCCUCCACCUCCGGAGGAGACCCAAUUCGAGAUGAAAGCGUUCAAAGCCAUGGGAACGAUGGAGGAAGGUGAUGCAGUGUUCGGAUCUGGUGCGGAAGUGAGCCUGGACUCGCAGGUGUAUUGGUGGCACGACAAGUACCGGCCCAGGAAGCCUAAGUACUUCAACAGAGUGCACACCGGUUAUGAGUGGAACAAGUACAACCAGACCCACUAUGACCACGACAACCCGCCUCCGAAAAUAGUUCAGGGUUACAAGUUCAACAUCUUCUACCCUGACCUCGUCGACAAGAUCAAGGCUCCAAUAUACACGAUUGAGAGGGACGGGAGCAGCGACGAGACCUGCAUCAUCCGGUUCCAUGCUGGACCACCUUACGAGGACAUUGCUUUUCGGAUUGUGAACAAGGAGUGGGAAUACUCUCACAAGAAGGGAUUCAAAUGCACGUUUGAGCGUGGGAUAUUGCAUGUCUACUUCAACUUCAAACGUCAUCGCUACCGCCGAUGAUUUACGAGCAGCCUUAUCGGGAACUUUAUAUUUCCUUCUGCCAUUAGAGCAGAGUUGGCAGAUUUUGUUUUUGUUUUUAGAGUAGAGACUACUUAGGAUCUUACGGACUUGUUUGUGUAUCAGUGUAUGGUAUCAUCUUUCAUGUAAUUUUGUGAAUCUAUGUAACUUUUGGAUUGAACCAUUAAGUUUUAGCCUGCAAACUUAGCAUUGAGUAUUUCGAAAGUAACUAUUACGGGUUGUUUGAUAGUUGGGUUUUGGGUGCUGAUUUGGUACUCAUUUUCAUGGUUUCACAAAAUCCAAUGUUUGGCAGCACAGGAAAUGGGGAAUGAAAUCCAGGAAACAUGGGUUUGUAAAGUCUUUGUUUCCAUAUUCGUGGACCUUUGUAGAAAAUGCUGAAGCAGAAUGGAAGAAAAGCAAUUCAUUUUAUAUAAUUCGAGUUAUAC